AGAUGUAUUGGAGUUCCUUUACCAGGUGUACAAGUAAGGUUAAUGUCAGAAGAUGAUAAAGAUAUUACUAUGUUAGUUGAACAACCAGGGGAAUUACAUGUAAAAGGGCCAAAUGUAUUUAAAGAGUUUAAAACAGGAGACAUAGCAAUGAUAACGGCCAAAGAAGAAGUUUUCAAAAUUUUUGGUAGACAAAGUGUCGAUAUUAUUAAAAGCGGAUCAUAUAAAAUUUCAGCUUUAGAUGAGAAAGAAUUAUUAUCAUAUCCUGAUAUACAAGAAGUUUCUAUUGUAGGUGUUGAAGAUGCAGAAUGGGGUCAAAAA